AUGGGCAGGCCGGUGGUUUUUUGGCCCUUCGAACCCAGUUUCUCGCCAGUCGUGUGCACGCAGUGGGCUUCACUGGAAAGUCUUAGCUGCUCCACGGUUUUUGGUGACAGCAGAUUCGACAGCGGAUUCGCAACUCUCUCUAGCGAAGUGUCCAACACAGAUCCAGCCGGAGCGGUAGCAUCCGAUCAAUCAUACGUGCGUACAAACACCUCGGAAGUAGAGGAACUUGUAGCCCUCUAUGGCGAUGUAUCCAACCCGGAGUUCGAGCAACUAGGUGAGUAG